GAGGCAGAGCCCCGCGGCUUUGGGCGGAGCCUCAGCCCUCCCGCACGCACCGUUUCUGCCCGAGCUCCGGGUGGAUCGGCGCUUCGCCGCCAGAGCUCGGCGCAGCCCGCAAUGAACUGCAGCGAGGCGCGGCGGCUGCAGGCGCUGCUGGGCGCAGUGCUGCGGGAGCUGCGCCGCGGAGCCAACGCCAGCACGGCGGCCGCCGAGCCCGGGGGCGACGCCUGGCUGUACAUCCUGCUCAUCAUGAUCUUCUACGGCUGCCUGGCCGGGGGGCUCAUCCUGGCCUACACGCGCUCGCGGAAGCUGGAGUCCAAGCACGACCCCUACCACCUCUACAUCGAGCGCGACUGGGGCCGCGGCGGCCCGGGCCAGGCGGCCGAGGAGGGCGGACCGGCCGAAGAGGAGCGGCCGCUGUGAGCCCGGGACGGCAGGUUGGCGGUCCUGCCGCCCGGUAACCGGGGCUGGCCGAUACCGCUUUCCGCAAUAAACGCCUGCGCUGCCGUGCGUCCGGAGAGCAUCACUUAUCCCUACAGCUGCAGACAUCCCUCAAAAUCGGCGCGUGGGCCGUUCUCUCACCGCACCGCCGUCACGCUAGCUGCCGCUUUCUGACAGCAAAGCUACAGUUCUAAAGCCCUUCCUCAACUUGGCAGCUGCAACGUUGCCGGGAAUGGCCGUACAUCAGCUGCACGAGGUGACGAGGGGUUUUGUUUUUACAAAAACCCUGAAAUCACAGGAGCUUCACAUCAUGAACCACUGCACCAGGACCACAGCAACGGGGCCUCAGUCACAUCAGAGCUUCCGCGAGGAAUUCCUUCAACGCAAUCAGAAUUAAGCUGACUACAACCAACGUUCUCCCAUCACAAAGAGCGAAUUACUACACAUCCAAACCCUUUUCAGUCCUGUCCCAGUGAAGCGUCCACCAGCAGGACUGCGGCCUCCACGAGGCAUUACAGACCAACAGCUCAGAAAGUACCGCAGACCUGCAGAGCUCACCUCAGCUGGGCAAGGAUAGGGAAGGGGCUGUCACCAUUUCCCAAGUACGAGACUUGCACACACUGACUUGGCACAGCCCAUCCUAUGUCUGCCCCCGGCCCUGCGCCACAUGGCAGCAGCUCGUCACACUGAGCAGCCCGGCAGGAAUCGGCAAUUCAUCUUUGCAACUCAUUCUCAGUUGAUGUAAAUCCAUUACCUGGGAAUUUUCAAAAGAAACGCACAGAGCUGCAAUCAGGCAUUCAGCUCAAGUACUUUCAUAAGCCCUCUGUUACCAGAGAAAAACAUCCCUCAUCCACCAUCACACCCAAUUCAUUGCUUUUUGCCGGUACGUGAACAGCUGCUUUCGAGGAGGAAGCACAGGAGUCAAACUUCAUCAGAAAUCUGACAAACACGAGAGCCACUGCCACGGCACCGAGCUGACACGCUGCUCUCACAAAAACAAGGUCACACAUCCCAUUUGUUUUAUGGUUC